UUGGGCGUGUGCUGUGGCUCUAAGCGCACUCUUCUUCUUCUUCUUUCCCCUACACACACACACACACACACACACACACAAACACACACUGCUCGCAUAUCAGUCGACGCACACCGGCAGCCCGUUGUUCAAUGUUUGUGUUGAUCGCAUCUGCUUCAGUGAAUCUGUACCGCGGGAGAAGAAGAAGACGCGCUGUCUAAUGACGAAAACAGUGAAGAGCAGCCGAGCUUUGAGGGGAGCAGCGGGAAGGAUGUCGACAUAUUAUUGACUUGUGUUGAGUGUCGUCGAGACGAGCGAACCGCGCCGUGUGUUUUCUUCUGACACAGCAGCAGUGAGAAUGACGGAAUAUAAGUUAGUGGUGGUUGGUGCAGGUGGCGUGGGCAAGAGCGCUCUGACCAUCCAGCUCAUUCAGAACCACUUUGUUGAUGAAUACGACCCAACCAUUGAGGACUCAUAUAGGAAACAGGUGGUGAUUGAUGGAGAGACGUGUCUGUUGGAUAUCCUGGAUACUGCAGGUCAGGAAGAGUACAGUGCAAUGAGAGACCAAUACAUGAGGACUGGAUUUGUAUAA